CGUCACCCUCCCGAUCGCCCGUCGCCCACGCUCAGUGCACACCUUCUUCUCCUCCACGCUCUCUUCCACCCACACAGCGACACCACACCUCGCACCUCCUGCCGCGCCCCUGAUGGCCGCCUGAACAGCGCGUCCCGGCACCUCUCCGCCUCUCCCUCUCUCCGCGCGCGCGCCAUGCGCAGCAGCGAGCUCGUCUCGCCGCCGGCGCUCGCCAAGCUCGACACGGCCUUGGUCGGGCCUGCGCUGCGCUCUUUGCCAGCAGCUCCCGCGCCGCCGGUCGAUGCUGAGGACGACGAGUCGCCGGCGACGGUCACGGCCGCAUCGCCGCCUGCUGCCGCCGCUGUGCUGCCGACACCCGCCUCGCCGCCGCCGCGCCGACGCAGCUCGCUCUCCCCUGCCAGCGAUGCCCUGCCACAGCCCGCUGCCCUCGAAGAGACGCUGAGUGCCGCGUCGUCGGCGCACCACACCUCUGCCGCGACUUCGAGCAGCAGCAGCGGGUGCCAGAGCGCCUCGAGCAGCCGCAGCCGCCGUGCCGAUGACAGCGCACGCAGCGUGCCGCGCGGCGAGUAUGCCACCGACUCGGACAGCCUCGGCCGCAGUGGCAGCUGGACUAGCACCACGCCCACCAGUCCCGACACGGAGGAGCAGGGCGCCGAUGCGGCGCACAAGGGUCUGCUUGACGCCGAGCCGCGGGUGCAGCAUGCGCCGGCGGGCAUGUCCAGCAGCGCCUCGGGGCGCACUAUUGAUGCGCUGCACGCCAAUGACCUCAUGCAUGAGCGAGCUGCGUUGCGCGCCCAUGCGGCCCGAGCGACGCCCACCACGCCCGCCAGCCGCGUGCCGCGGAAGAGCUCGUCGCCGUUACCGCCUCCGCCUCCGCCAGCGCACUCGUCUUCGCCACUUCCCUCCUCCUCUUCCGGCUCCUUUUCGUCUCCCUCGCAGAUCCCCGUGCGGCGCGGCAACACGCCCUCGCCUGGCCGUCUUCUCUCUUCUCCCGUGCCGCCGCGCCAGGCCUCGCAGCUCGCGCCCGAGCGGCCAGCACCGGCCAGCAUUCGCAGCGUCUCGCCUGCGUCUGCGUCUGCCAGCUCCCGCGCUUCGCGCAGCACUCGGCGCAUCGGCUUCUCGCCGGCGGAGCUGAGUCACCGCAACAAGCCGCUGCCGUCGCCGGGCAAGCCGUCGCCGCCGACGCAUCUGCUCCCAGCGCUACCUGCGCCGCAGCCGCCGUCGCCUGUUUCGCCGCUGCUGCCCGACUACCUCGUGCACAUGUACUCGCAGGAGGCGCUUGCCGACGCACAGCAGGCUGCCGCUGUCGAAGCUGCCAAGCGGCCGAGCGCCAGCAGCUCGCUCGCCGUGCCCUCGCCGCGGCCGUCGCUCGGCUCGCCGUCGGCGUCGGGCUCCUCUAGCGUUGAGUCGCGCAACUCUUCCUCUCACUCGCCGCAGCGGCCCAGCCUGCGCAGCACGAUCUCGCGCUCGAGCAAGGCGUUUAUGAGCUCGAUGCGCGGCAACAGCAGCUCCUCUUCGCGCGACCAUACACCGGCCUCUGGGCCCAGCCGCUCUCCGAGCAGCAGCCAGACGAGCAGUCCGAGCGUCCGCCCGGCGUCGCCCGUGCGCAAGGUCCCCUCGGACGCCGGACAUGGCCUCUCGCCGCCGCCCAGCGCGCCGCCGCGGCCGCACUCGUCGUUUGGCUUCCGCCGCAAGCCCAAGACGCCCUCGGCGACGGAGAUCCCUGCCACCUUUCUCUCGCGGAACACUAGCAGCGCGAGUGCCGCCAUGACGCCGGCCAUGCCGAAUGGCAGCGCGAAUGUGUCGCGCAAGCCGACGCUGACGCAGAGUGCCGACGCCGCGGCACCACUGCCGCCGCCACCGCCGCCGAACCGCUCGCGCUCGCGCUUCUCACAGCGCUUCAGCCUCAACGAUCCGGCGUGGUCGCGCGCCGCAGCCGCCGCCACGCCGCCGGUCAGUCCGCGCACUCGGCGGGACGUCAGUCCGCCCAGCAGCAUCCGUGCGCACGUGGCCGUCGAGCACAUGUCGCCGCAGCGGCCGGCGAUGCGUCGCCUGCGCUCCAACAGCGUUGGACAGAUACAGCGCGUGUUCCUCGAUGCCGAGGCGCAGCGAGAGCUGGGCGUCGAGCAUCUCGAGCUGGCGCGCGUCUCCGACAGUCAAGCGACGGCCCAGAGCGGAGCUGUGCUGCGCGCGUCCAUCAUCGAUCAGGAGCCGCUGCUGAGUCCGAACGAGGCGGCGCGCCUGGCGCGACUGUCACGCCUGGCAGAAGACAUCGAGUCGCAGAUCGAGGGCAGAGCGCCUCGCGGCGGCAGCAGUGUGCCGUCGUUGCGGCGCAACUCGCGCUCGCUGCCCAAACGACCAAGCGCCACGGAGAGCCAGAGCGCUCGGCAGUCUGUUGACGAGGAGAAGGAGGCCUCGCGCGAGAAGGCCCUGUCGCGCUUGACAGGCAGCUUGACGCGCAAGCCGGUCGACGCGUCGCCUGCGCCUGGCUCGCUCGCUGUCGACGCUCAGACUCGCACCGCGCAUCGCCGUAGCCGCUCAUCUGCCUCAGCGUUCAGCACAGGCCCGCUGAGUCCGUCCGCCGCAAAGGCCUACCUCGCUGCGCUCUCGGCGCUCAAGAGCCCGCAGCUCGCGAGCCGUCCGAUGAGCAUGGAAGAGGCACCUGGGCCCGCAGACCCCUGGUGGGCCAACGCACAGGCGCCGGUCAUUCCGCCCGCGCCGGAGCUCGACGAGCUGACGGCCUCACAUGACUCUGCGCCCGCGAGCGAGAUCACUGCGGCGACGGAGUUCGAGGAUGCCGCCUCGACGAUGCUGUCGCAUUCGCACGACUCGACCACUCCGGCCCUUGGACUCAGUCUGGCGCCUGAGUCAGCCUCGAGCUCAGUCGACGAGCCUCAGAUGGCGCUGCGGGCCUCCGGCCGACCCUCGCACGCGCGCAGCCGCUCGUCCGGCAUCGGCCGCUUCCUCGGGUUCUCGCGUCCCACGACGCCCGAGAAGCCUGCUUCGCCGACUGUCAUGCGCGCCAGCAGCUCGCUUGGCUUUACGCGCAGCGUGCGCGACGAGCGCUCGGCGGCGGCCACGUCUGCCGGGCACUCUCGCAACGCCUCGCGCCGGUCGGCGAUGGACCACUCGCGCACCAGCAGCACGGGCGGCGCCAGCGACGUGAGCUACACGACGGCAUUGACGCACCCCACUGUUACGCCCACCACACCGACGCCGCUCAAGCGCCUCUCGCGCUCCGGACGCUCGACGCUCACGGACCCGACGGUGGCCAGCGCUGCUCGCGCGCGCAGCAAGGUCGUGCCGGCUGCCUCGCCUGUCGCUACGCCGUCGCCUCCCACUGCGCCGCGCAUCCCGCGCAAGCCCUCGCAGCCGCCGUCGUCGUACCACUCGCCGACGCCGCCGCAAUCGCCCAAGGCGCCCUCGCCGCAAGGACGCAGUGCCAGUGCUAUGGGCAUGAACGACGCCGGGUCGGCCGCUGCCAAGAUGCGUUCGCCGUUGCGGGCACUCGUGACGCGCUCGCCCUACCCGCCGCCGGCAAACAAGGCAUAUAUGGUCGUCGAUCGCGUGCCCGUCGUUACUCCACCGCGUCGCAGCUCCAUCGAUCAGCGUGCGGCAUCGCCCGAGGCAGACACGGCCGUGUCCGACACGGAAGAUGCCGACCUGCCGCUGCCGCGCCGACGCAGCCUGAGCCGUGUGCCCGACGUGACUCCCGUCUCUCCCGGCGUGCGCGCCCGCAAUCGCCCGUCGCUGUCGAUCCACACGCAGCCGGAGGCGCUCGUGCCGGCCGGCCAACGCUCGGCCAGCAACGAGAUGCAGAUGCAGGCGCCGGCGCCCAUGCGAGCGAUGCCCCGGCGCAAGUCCUCUGCUGCUACGCUCAACAUCGCCGACGACCAUGAGUUCCUGCAGGCACUCGAAGACGUGCGUCGGCAUCACCAGGACCGCAUCGCGCGGCGCGGUGCCGAGAAGUUGCAGCAGGGCGUUGGCACCGUGCGCCAGGCCAUGGCCUCGACUGGCAACCUGCUCGCCAAGCGCAGCACACAGACCAGUCCCGUCGAGGCGCGCCUGCCGCCUCGGCCGCGCUCAGCCAGCGUCGACGGCAAGAUGCCGCCGUUCCUCGCCGAUCAGAGUCCGGCUACCAGCUACAGCUCUGGCGAGUCUGGCGGGCUCGCGACGCCGCUCGAGCGCGGUGUCGGCAUGGCGAGCGGCCGCUUGCACGACGGCGCAUUUGUCAACGACGCGGACUGGAAGCGCGAGGUGUCCAGUCUCUUCGUCAUCCGCGAAAUGGUGCAAACAGAGCGCAGCUAUGCUCGGCACCUUGAGAGUCUCCUGCUGGCCAUUCGCCGUGUCUCUGCUGCGAGCACCGUGGGCCCGUCGACGCACCGGCGCCGGCGCAGCUCGUCGGCGCUGAUGAUGUCGACCGUCGAUGCGUCGCUCGUCGGCCCCGCGCCGCACAUCGCCACGCUGCGCAACAUGCUGCCGCAGCUGAUCGCCCUCAGCCGCACGCUCGCCACGCGCAUCGACGAGAACCCGACUGCGGCGGGCGUCGGCGCAGCGUUCCGCCUGGUUGCGCCGCAGCUUGAGGCGACGUUUGUCUCGUGGGCUGCCGUUGUGGGCGACGUGAUGGACUCGCUGCGCCUCGUCGAGAACGGCAAGGCCAAGAGCAAGGACCGCAUCGGCCUCGUCAUGCUCAUGCCCAUCACGGCCGGCGAGCUCGUGCCGCGCUCGAGCAACGUCUCGGCGACGAGCCUCACGGUCCCGCGUUCGCAGCGUACUGGUCGCAGCGCCGCGAUCGACGCGCUGGCGCUCACGCGGCCGUCGACGCCCGAGGCGCUGCUUGACGAGCCGCUGCUGCCGUCGCCGGAGGAGGACUUUGCGCCCCGGCCGAACGCCGCCAAGCGCCGCAGCACCAUCAGCAGCGGCGCGUUUCUCGCUGCGCCGGCACCGACCUCGCCUGUCGCAACGUCGCCGCGCCCCUCGCCCGUGCGCCCGGCCUCGGCCUGGGGCUUUGCCUCGCCGGCCACGACGCUGGGCCGCCGCGCCAUGGACGCCGUCACGCGGCCUGCUGCGCCGGCGAAGAGCAAGUCGCAGUCGAGCGCCUCGGCCGCCAAGUCUCUGGCGCCGGCCGACAUUGUCAUCCAGCCCACCCAGCGCAUUGCGCGCUACCAGCUGCUGCUGAACGCGCUCCAGCGCAACACGCCGCCGCAGAGCCUCUCGCACGCACGCAUCGCCCGUGCCCUCGAGGUCGUCGGGCGCGUCGCGGGUCUGUGCGACACGGCCUCGCUGCCGAGCGCCGGCGUCUCGCCGCUGCAUCUCUCGCUGCGCCCUCCCCUCUCCUACCCCUCCACCGCACCUGCCACCGCCGCGACGAGCGUCGCGAGCGACAUCGACGUGCCGCCCGCCGUGCCGCCGCGUCUGCGCGCUGUCUCGUAGCGCACCCCUCCCUGACCCACGACGCUCUGCUUACAUGUAUUACCACCCGGUCGCGUUCAUCACUCAGCAUACCCUUGUCUCAAUCAACGCGUCC